AGCGAGUUUUGACAUGCGACAAAAAAAGUCUCGAAGUUACGUUACCCUCUAUCAUGAGCGGGGAAAUUGAGGAAGUUGCGCCUCCAGAGGUGCGACAUUACAGCGAAAGAAGUGAAGUUCCAUGGGAUAUUCAGAAUUACUGGUCCCAACGACACCGAAUUUUCUCAAAAUAUGAAGAAGGAAUUUGGCUGACUGACGAUGCUUGGUUUGGCGUCACUCCUGAGCCAGUUGCAAACAAGAUCGCAGAGCAUUUGGCAGCCUCUGUGCCUAAGGAAAAGGUAGUCCUAGUAGACGCAUUUGCUGGAGCCGGUGGUAACACCAUCGCCUUCGCAAAGUCUGGACGAUGGAAGCGUGUAUAUGCAAUCGAAAAGAACCCCGCGGUGUUGGCCUGUGCCAAACACAAUGCAAAAAUCUACGGAGCAGAAGCCAACAUAACUUGGUUUGAAGGAGAUUGCUUCGAGUUACUGCGAACUCAGCUGAAAGAUUUGGGGCCGUACAGUGUAGUCUUUGCGAGUCCACCUUGGGGAGGUCCAGGAUAUCGGUCAGACGAAAUUUUCAACCUUCAGACGAUGGAACCUUACCCGCUAAACUUCUUAUACAAAGAGUAUUCACUCUUCUCUCGCCACAUAAUCUUGUUCCUUCCGAGAACUUCAGACCUGAGGCAGCUGGCCAAGUUAGCUGACACUAAAGAGAAUGUUAAUGUGAGGCACUACUGUAUGGAAGGCGCAAGCAAAGCUCUUUGUGCCUACUAUGGAAACUUUUCCAUGGAAAAAAUAAACCAACAAUGAGGGGUAAAGAUGAUUUUAUUAGGAAUGAAACAGUUGCUAGCAAAUCACACCGUUAUUCACCUGGCAAGAUGCUCACUGCGCUUUCAGAAUAUAUCUUAGCCGCCUCAGGCAUGUAAUAGAAUGCUAAACUGAUUUGAGCCGUUUAUUCGAC